GUGUGUGUGUUGUGUGUGUGUGUUUGACCUCCGCGCACUCACACUAACAACAGCAGGGUGUUGGUAGGCGAAAUAUGGAGCUCUUUAACUAUGUCGCGAAACUAACACCGUUUAACUUGGAAGCCUUUCGCUUCUAUCAUGUCUUCGCAGUCGUGUGCAUUAUCUACAUUUCAGCAGUACUGAUUAAAUGGUCGAUUAGGAGAAAGCGCUGGAUACGUGCCUUAGAGCAGUUUCCUGGACCUCCUGGUCACUGGCUUCUUGGACACGUUCCAGAGUUCAAGGAAGAUGGAUCAGACUUAGACAGGAUACCCAAAUGGGGAGAACAAUAUCCAUUUGCUUUCCCAAUACAGUUUAGCCCAGAUAUUUUAUUUCUUUUUGUCCAUCACCCAUCUUAUGUCAAGCCCAUACUGGCAACAACAGGACCAAAGGAUGACUUUGGAUAUAGAUUUCUCAUUCCUUGGAUAGGACAAGGUUUACUUGUUACUGAUGGACAGAAAUGGUUUCGCCACAGACGACUUCUCACACCAGGCUUCCAUUAUGAUAUCUUGAAGCCUUACGUGAACCUAAUGGCAGAUUCAGCAAAGGUUAUGCUGGACAACUGGGAAGUGUAUGCAAAAACAGGCCAGACCUUUGAACUUUUUCAGCAUGUUAGUCUGAUGACAUUGGACAGCAUAAUGAAGUGUGCAUUUAGCUGCCAAAGCAACUGUCAGACUGAGAGGUCCAACCCAUACAUAAAGGCAGUGUAUGAACUGUGCAACCUGGUGAACCUACGAUUUCGUGUCUUUCCAUAUCACAAUGACAUCGUCUUUCACCUGAGUCCACAUGGCUAUAGAUACAGAAGAGCAUGCAAAAUUGCACACACCCAUACAGAGGAAGUCAUAAGACAGAGAAGAGAAAUUUUAAAUAAGAAGAAGAAGAACCAGGAUGAUGCUCAGGAGAAGAGAUAUUUUGACUUUCUUGAUAUUCUUCUAUGUGCUCGUGAUGAGCAGCAGCAGGGCUUGUCAGAUGAAGACAUCCGAGCAGAGGUGGACACUUUUAUGUUUGAGGGACACGACACUACUGCCAGUGGCAUCUCCUGGAUCUUCUACAGCAUGGCCUGCAAUCCUGAACAUCAGCAAAAAUGCAGAGAGGAGAUACAGCAAGUGCUAAUGGGAAAGGAUACUAUCGAGUGGGAAGACCUCAGUAAAAUACCAUACACCACAAUGUGCAUUAAGGAAUCCCUCCGUAUGUACCCUCCUGUCCCGGGAAUGGGACGAAAAUUGGCCCAGCCAAUUACUUUUUUUGAUGGAAGAGCAGUUCCUGCAGGUUGUGUUAUUGGAAUCAGUAUUUACGGAAUUCAUCACAACCCUACAGUUUGGGAGAAUCCAAAGGUGUUUGAUCCCCUGAGAUUUCUGCCAGAAAACACUGCUAAGAGAUCCCCCCAUGCCUUUGUGCCUUUCUCAGCCGGACCAAGAAACUGCAUUGGCCAGAAUUUUGCAAUGAAUGAGAUGAAAGUAGCCGUGGCUCUGACGCUGAGGAAGUAUGUUCUCAUCAAAGACCCAGAACAUACUCCAAAGAUGAUCCCACGACUAGUGCUCAGAUCUCUCAAUGGUAUACACCUCAAGAUCAAAUUAGUGGAACAUGAACUUUAAGAAGAUACAAAGAGUACAUAAUAAAUAUUAUAAUUCUUUUAAAGCCUAUUUCUGUUUGAUUCAGGGAUUUAAUUCCAUGACUAAAGUGCAUGUAAAAACCUUGUUAUACAAAUACAAAGCAAUAUUAAUGAGUAUUAAUAUUAAGCAAUGGUAAUGAUUCUGAUGACUUAACUUUAAUGUAAUAGCCUGUUUAAUGAGAAAGAUGUAUAAAAAUCAUUGUUUAUCAUUUCACUGAAAGCACUUGUCUGAACUAUCAGUGCGUGUAUUGCAAUUUUAAUACAUGGAUGUAAAAUACGGAACAUGUUUUGUUUUAUGCUGCACAUGAGAGAGAAAAUGAGGAACACAAGAUAACAUUCACUGUGUUUUGGUAUAAAAGCAAAAACAUGUACUAGAAAAUAUUACACAUGUAUCAGCAAAUCUGCCAUCUAGAGACUAAAGUCGAGCAUUACAGCCAUGUCAUCUCAUACUCUGAAUGGGUUUGAGUUUCUAUAGUAACUCCAAGGAGUCCUUUUUUACAAGCUUGGUGAGCAGAAAAGCAUCUUAGAAAGCACAACACGUCAAACUCAGAGGUGGAUGGACUACAACAGAAGAUGAUCAAGAAGUCCAACCCAGUCAGCCAAGAACAAGAGUUUUUUGUGUGUCCAGACUCAACCAAACAUGGCAGUUGAAGACCGGAAAAAGACUGGGUUUUCCCCCCUAAUCUCUAGGCUGUACAUACAUAUAUAUACACCAAUCAGACAUACACUAUAUUGCCAAAAGUAUUCGCUCACCUGCCUUGACUCGCAUAUGAACUUAAGUGACAUCCCAUUCCUAAUCCAUAGGGUUCAAUAUGACGUCGGUCCACCCUUUGCAGCUAUAACAGCUUCAACUCUUCUGGGAAGGCUGUCCACAAGGUUUAGGAGUGUGUUUAUGGGAAUUUUUGACCAUUCUUCCAGAAGCGCAUUUGUGAGGUCACACGCUGAUGUUGGACGAGAAGGCCUGGCUCUCAGUCUCCGCUCUAAUUCGUCCCAAAGGUAUUCUAUCGGGUUGAGGUGCAGGCCAGUCAAGUUCAUCCACACCAGACUCUGUCAUCCAUGGACCUUGCUUUGGUCACUGGUGCACAGUCAUGAUGGAAGAGGAAGGGGUCAUCCCCAAACUGUUCCCACAAAGUUGGGAAUUGUCCAAAAUGUCUUGGUAUGCUGAAGCAUUCAGAGUUCCUUUCACUGGAACUAAGGGGCCAAGCCCAGCUCCUGAAAAACAACCCCACACCAUAAUCCCCCCUCCACCAAACUUUACACUUGGCACAAUGCAGUCAGACAAGUACCGUUCUCCUGGCAACCGCCAAACCCAGACUCGUCCAUCAGAUUGCCAGAUGGAGAAGCGCGAUUCGUCACUCCAGAGAACGCGUCUCCACUGCUCUAGAGUCCAGUGGCGGCGUGCUUUACACCACUGCAUCUGACGCUUUGCAUUGCACUUGGUGAUGUAUGGCUUGGAUGCAGCUGCUCGGCCAUGGAAACCCAUUCCAUGAAGCUCUCUGCGCACUGUUCUUGAGCUAAUCUGAAGGCCACAUGAAGUUUGGAGGUCUGUAGCGAUUGAUUCUGCAGAAAGUUGGCGACCUCUUCGCACCAUGCGCCUCAGCAUCCGCUGACCCCGCUCUGUCAGUUUACGUGGCCUACCACUUUGUGGCUGAGUUUCUGUCGUUCCCAAACACUUCCACGUUCUUAUAAUACAGCUGACAGUUGACUGUGGAAUAUUUAGGAGCGAGGAAAUUUCACGACUGGAUUUGUUGCACAGGUGGCAUCCUAUAACAGUUCCACGCUGGAAUUGAGCUCCUGAGAGCGACCCAUUCUUUCACAAAUGUUUGUAAAAACAGUCUGCAUGCCUAGGUGCUUGAUUUUAUACACCUGUGGCCAUGAAAGUGAUUGGAACACCUGAUUCUGAUUAUUUGGAUGGGUGAGCGAAUACUUUUGGCAAUAUAGUGUAACAUUACUAAUGUUGUGUUGGUCCCCCUUUUCGGCCCUGAUCCAGUCGUCUAGCCAUCACAAUUUGGCCCUUGUCAAACUCACUCAAAUCCUUACUCUUGCCCAUUUUUCUGCUGCUAACACAUAAACUUUGAGGACAAAAUGUUCACUUGCUGCCUAAUAUAUCCCACCCACUAACAGGUGCCAUGAUGAGGAGAUAAUCAGUGUUAUUCACAUCACCUAUCAGUGCUCAUAAUGUUAUGCCUGAUCGAUGUACAUUUGUUUCAGUAAAGUUGUGUAACUGUAA